UAUGCAAAAUUUAUAACAUAGAAACAACAAUUUACAAUGCUACAACGAUUAGGCAGAUCAGGUGCCAUCAAAUUGCCACUGUCAUAUUGUGUGACCAGCUGUAGCAGCAUUAGCAGCCGGUGCUAUGCAAGCACGCCACUCACGGAAAGCGCAACAACAACAACAGAGAGAAAUCUGAAAUCUAAAUUAGAAGUUGGCUUUACGGAAUGGCGUCCCAUAUAUAAACUACCCCUAAUACGUCUGAUUGCUGCAUUUAAUCGUCUAAAGGUUUAUCAGGCCAUUGUCACGGUGGCUGGAACACCACUAGCCUUUGCACUGCAACAAGCCGGUCAGGUGUCAGAGGAUGCCUUGGGCAUCUAUGCAGCGAUUGGCGUUAGUGGCCUGGUGACGCUCUCCCUGGGCAGCUAUGUGGCCCGAAACAUAAUUGGUUUCAUCUACAUCAAUGAUCAUCAGGAUCAGCUGAGGCUGGCCUAUGUGGACUUUUGGGGCAGGCGCAAAGAACAACUGGUUGAUAUUGAGGACCUGCUGCCGGAUUGGGAACCACACAGCACAAGGCGGCUGGGUGGCUUCUAUCAGCCCAUCUGUCUGCGCAACGAUGACAAGCUGCGUUUCAAGCUGCUGCAUCGUUUUGGCGUCAUCACCGAUCCACUUUUAUUUGAGGGUCUCUUCGGCCAGCAAUAACGAGAAAUGCUGAAAGCAUUGUCAAUAGUCAUAAACAAAUGCAUAUUUUAAUAUUUUUAGUUUACAAAUAAAAAGGGUGAUACAAAAAGUUAAAGUAAC